AGAGAUCUGGGGGGCAGAUGCAACAGUUAUAAAUGCAAGAGGGCUCAAGACUCCUCCUGUCAGAUCAGGACAAGCCUGGCAGAGACACCUGUGGGUUUUUGGAGGGAGACGCCCACUAUCGCCCCAUUCUGAUGAGGAGGCCUCUGGGCCCAGGGAGCAGUUGUCUUCUUCAAGCAUCUUGUGGAUGUGGGACUCACACCUGCGCAGGACUUUCUGAGGCUCAGACCCGUUGUCCCCAGAGCCCUAGGGCUGGCUGGGUCAGGAAGCAGUGGCUGUCAUGGAUGAAGAAAAGUUCCCAUGUGGACCGCGCGAGGAAGGAGGUGCUAUCCAGGACCCCAGCCUGGAACCUGAAGGGGAGCCUGGGGUCCAGAAUGAAAUGGAAGCCGGUGAAGACCCAGGCAUCCACAUCAUCGGUCCAGGCCGUGAGGAGAGAGACACCCUAGAGGGCGCCAUGGAGCCCACGGGAGACCCAGAUGUGGCCCUGCCUGGCCUUAGCCUCUCUCUCACCAAUGGCCUGGCCCUGGGACAAGAUGGGAGCAUUCUGGAAGAUUCUAUAGAAUCCAGGCCCUGGAGGGCUAGUUUACUCGCAGAGGAGGAGGAGGAGGAGGAGGUCUCCAGGAGUCUCUGUCCAGAUGCUGAGGACCCCCAGCUGGGGCUGGAUUGCCCUGGGGAGCCAGAUGUGCGGGAUGGCUUCAGUGCCACUUUUGAGAAGAUCCUGGAGUCGGAGCUGUUGCGGGGCACCCAGUACAGCAGCCUGGACUCCCUAGAUGUGCUGAGUCUCACUGAUGAGAGCGACAGCUGCGUCAGUUUCGAGGCCCCCCUCACGCCUCUCAUCCAGCAGCGGGCUCGAGACAGCCCUGAGCCUGGGGCUGGACUGGGCAUUGGGGACGUAGGGCCCGAAGGGGACCUGGGGGCAGCUGGUGGUGGUGAUGGGGAGCUGGGCAGCCCCCUGCGGCGGUCCAUCUCCAGCAGCCGCUCAGAGAACGUCCUGAGCCACUUGUCUGUCACGUCGGUGCCCAACGGCUUCCAUGAAGACGGACCUGGGGGCUCAGGAGGGGACGAUGAGGAUGAGGAGGACACAGACAAGUUGCUGAACUCUGCCAGUGACACCAGCCUCAAGGAUGGCCUGUCGGACUCGGACUCAGAGCUGAGCAGCUCCGAGGGGCUGGAGCCUGGUGGCCCAGAUCCACUGGCCAAUGGGUGCCAGGGGGUCAGUGAGGCCGCUCGCCGACUGGCCCGCCGCCUCUACCACCUCGAGGGCUUCCAGCGCUGUGAUGUGGCCCGGCAGCUGGGCAAGAACAAUGAGUUCAGCAGGCUGGUCGCUGGGGAGUACCUCAGUUUCUUCGACUUCUCAGGCCUCACGUUGGACAGAGCCCUCAGAACCUUCCUGAAGGCCUUCCCACUGAUGGGGGAGACGCAGGAGCGAGAGCGAGUCCUCACCCACUUCUCACGCCGGUACUGCCAGUGUAACCCGGACGACAGCACGUCAGAAGAUGGGAUCCACACGCUCACCUGCGCCCUGAUGCUGCUCAAUACAGACCUGCACGGACACGUGAACAUUGGCAAGAAGAUGUCCUGCCAGCAGUUCAUUGCCAACUUGGACCAGCUGAACGAUGGCCAAGACUUUGCCAAAGACCUGUUGAAGACGCUUUACAACUCCAUCAAGAACGAAAAGCUGGAAUGGGCCAUUGAUGAGAAUGAGCUGAGAAAAUCCCUGUCUGAGCUGGUGGAUGACAAGUUUGGGACAGGCACAAAGAAGGUGACUCGGAUCUUGGAUGGUGGCAACCCAUUCCUGGAUGUCCCGCAGGCUCUCAGCGCUACUACCUACAAGCAUGGAGUGCUGACCCGGAAGACUCAUGCCGACAUGGACGGCAAGAGGACACCCCGUGGGAGGCGUGGCUGGAAGAAAUUCUACGCGGUGCUCAAAGGGACCAUCCUGUACCUGCAGAAGGAUGAAUACAGGCCCGACAAGGCUCUGUCCGAGGGCGACUUGAAGAAUGCCAUCCGUGUGCAUCAUGCCCUGGCCACCAGGGCCUCCGACUACAGUAAGAAGUCCAACGUGCUCAAGCUGAAGACAGCAGACUGGAGGGUCUUCCUCUUCCAGGCACCGAGCAAGGAAGAAAUGCUGUCCUGGAUCCUGAGGAUCAACCUGGUGGCCGCCAUCUUUUCUGCACCGGCCUUCCCAGCAGCCGUCAGCUCCAUGAAGAAGUUCUGUCGGCCCCUGCUGCCUUCUUGUACUACUCGCCUCUGCCAGGAGGAACAGCUGCGGUCUCACGAGAACAAGUUGAGGCAGGUGACCGCAGAGCUGGCUGAGCACAGGUGUCACCCAGUGGAGAGAGGCCUCAAGUCCAAGGAGGCGGAGGAGUACCGGCUGAAGGAACACUAUCUCACGUUUGAGAAAAGUCGUUAUGAGACCUAUAUCCAUCUCCUGGCCGUGAAAAUCAAAGUGGGCUCAGAUGACCUGGAGCGGAUUGAGGCCCGGCUGGCUACUCUGGAAGGGGAUGACCCAGCUCUCCGGAAAACACACUCAAGCCCUGCCCUCAGCCUGGGCCACGGGCCUGUGACUGGCAGCAAAGCCACAAAGGAUGCCUCUGCAUCUGAUACUUAGCUGGUGCAGCUGUGCAGGCCCUGGAGUCAGGCAAAUGUCCCCAGAGGGGUCCGUGAGCACAAUUCCAGCCAGAGGCUGUUUGAACCAAGCUCCAGGCAGUUAGCAGGCAACCAGAGGGGUAUGGAGAGCCGUGUGGCCAAGGGGAUGCCAUUCAUGGCCCUGAUCUUCUUGCAUCCUGGGCCAUCUCUGGCCUAGACCCCCUUUUAGUCCUGGCUGCCCUCAGGCCAUGGGGCCUUGCUUUGCAGGACAGACACGCUCUAGGGCUGCCAACUGGAGAAGUCCAUCACUGUUGCUUCCCCAAGCCCCGUUCUCAUCAAGCUUCUCCCUCAUCUUGUGUCUGUGAGGAUGGGUCUGAACUCUUAGGUCUCAGCUUGGACACCUACACUUUCUCCUCUUUCCUCUCAGUUGACCAGCAGCAGGUCUAUGGACCGCCAGCAACGCCUUUUCCUUUCUUUUUUUCCCCAGCAACCUUUGCAACUGGUCCAGUUCUCCUGCCUCAGACUGUAAUAAUCUGAGGCCUAACCUCCACUCAGUGUGCCCAACUCUCCUUUUAUCCACUGAGACCUCUCUUUUAUAUGGACACACACACACACACACACACACACACACACACACAACACACAACACGGGCUCCUUUAAGAAGGUCGGAGAACUACUGCCAGUUAGAGGUUAAAACAAGAUGAAGGAAAAGCUCAUCUCAGCUCGGCCUGCUAGCAACGAAGCCCGCCCUGGGGGCCUCCGCUACCCUGGUACCCUGGAUGGAAAGAUGGAGGUCCUCUGUGUUUUUGACUUUUCCUCUUCCGGCUGACUUGUUGUGACUCAUAGUCACUUCUCCAGUUGAUGCUUUUGGACUAAUCAGGAUGUGGAUGUCACCUCUUCUGUCCCAAGGGUGUCCUGUGGGGUGUGUGGCUCAGGAGCACACCUCUGUUUGUCUGGAUCUUCUGAUAGUGCUGCCAAGGUCUCUGAGUUCCAGUGCGGCCUCUGCACAGACCUACUGGCAGGAGGGAAGGACACUCUACGUUGCUGAGUGCCAUCAUCUACCAGCAAGCCCAGGCUGGAUGCUAGAGGAAGCUGUUAAUCCAUGGUCUUGGGGGAAAAGGUGGGGUGGCUAGUUUUCGAUUACUGAUUAACUCUUUCUUGUUUCUUAGUGAAUCAGAAAGGCCUAGCUAGGGAGAUUGCUGAGAACAGAGACACGUGUCCAUCACAGGUUGACAUCCUUUAAACCCUCUAUCACUUAGACCAACAAGUGAGCUGAGGGGAUGGCCCUCUUGACACAGCUACCGUGAGCCAGCCUUUCCUAUUGUUUGGCCAACAGUUUGACCUCUUUGGUGACAUAAACCUUGCGACUAAGCGCCUAAUGUGUAAAAGUCCACUCCCAUUGGAUGUGGGGAGCUGUACUCGGAGAGGCCUAGGGGGUUUAAAUCCAAAUAGUUUGAAUUGGAUUAGCUGAAGUGUGCAUUAUAGCCAAACCAUCUGGCUCCUUUGUUUUGCUCAGGGGAAGUAAAUGCUCAUUUGAAUGAGAUCAGAAAGGCGAUUUAGGGGAAGUAAAGAGAUCUCAGUUCUUUGUCCAGCUGCCUGAAGGUCCUCUGAUUUUUUCAGGCCAGAGUCCCAGUCUCUGUGUCACAGGGGCGGGGAUGACAGCAGAGGUGCCAGCUCACUGGCCGCAGACACGCGGGAUUCCCCAAGCACUAGCCGUGCUUCCCAUGAGUAAAGACAUUUUUUUUAGUUCGCUUCCUUAAUUGUAUAAUUCUUUAUUUGUAAAUUAUAUACAUGUACUACUGUACUAAAAUACUAUGUACAUUAUAAAACAUACACAAAAAUAGAAAUUUAAAAAAAGAUGAGAUGAAAAUAAAUCUAAAUCAAAGUUCUAA